AUGAAAGAAAAGCAUGGACUCAUGGAUUGCCUCGGCGCUGCUGAGCGUGUCGACAAGAGCAACCAUAAUGACCCUGCUCACAUGUUUCCUGGCCUGCUGUCGCUGUCCCAAGCAGCCAUGGAGCCAUGGAGCCACCUACCAGCGCGGUCGACCCUCCCCCAGCAGGCCAAAUCAGAAAAACUCUCCACUAGAAUGUCACACAGCGCUUCCAGAACAUGGAUCUCAGAUGCAAAGAGACAAUAUGAGACCUACAAAAGAGUUUCGGGUCACUUUCGUCAUACUGCACCCAAGUCACCGGCUUUGCCAUCCACCUUUAAGGAAUGGCUUGCUCAUCAAGAGGCCAUGAUUGAACAAGCUAAGGCAGACCAACAACGCGAGAUCCAAGAGAUCCAACGAAAAAUAUAUAAACUGAGAUCAGGAGGAUAUAAGAAGAAAAAGAAGGAGUCAAAGCCAGCAUUCGACGUCACGAAGUUUGAUGAUGGUCGAUCAUCCGUUCUUGCCAUGCAAACGAUUUGGGUAUCUCACGGCAUCGAGCUAGCGAAACCUCACGCCCCGUGGCCAACAAAUGACGAAUUAAAACAUAACGGUAUCUACCGCGCAUCUUCCGGGCAGUUUCGCGCCCUGCCUCGCCCUAGGGAUGCGGACCCCUCGGUGAAAUGGAAUGAGAGACCCCUGGUCGCACGCUUCCCAUUCGAUGAACCUAGCCUGGAUGAGGGCGAAGAUGAGGACGAAGACGAAGACGUAGACAAUACUGCAAAUAUCACGGACGGGGAGGUUUUCCUUGGGCUUGAACUGUUGAAAGAGUUGGAUAGGUGA